AUGUCCUCCACACGCUCUUCUCAUGCUUCUGCUACUCACCAUGCCGACAACCACGACUUCGACCCCGUUCUCAAAGAUCAGGACAAUGAUUCUCUAGAGGAAGGCGAAACUACACUGUCACUCCCCGAGGUUUCGUUCCUCCCUCGUCAAGCCACCCCCGAGAUCAAAAAGUCGAUUCUUCCGGUCCCUGCCGUUGGCAUCUCAGCAACUUCAGCGAGCCCGCGCCUGAUUCAGAUGAUGAAGACAGUUCGAUGUCUUGACGACAAUGCUCUCGAUUGUUAG